AUGGGCGGCACCGGCGGCACUUUGUUCCUCAGCAUGUUGAAUGGCACUGAAGCGCAAACUCCCGGCAUCAGCGCGCACCUCCACCGCGGCGGGAAGGACCUCACCGAGUUCAAAAUGGGGAUCCAGGACGCCAGGUUCUAUUACCCGGACUCGGUCCAAGGCGGGCAGGACUCGCUGGCCCUGCAGUACCACCCGGACCAGGCGGUGGGGGGGUACGGAGCGCAGCCCGGCCGCUUUUACGCGCAGACGCUGAGCGGCGGCGUGCGCUCCCCGCCUCGGAGCGCGGCGGGACAGGGGUACAUCCCGGCGGCCGGGGACGGCUUCCACCCCGGAGGGAAGGACGUUUACUCCCCCUCUGCGGAGGGCUACCCGGGGGGGUUCCAGCACGGCUACCAGCGGCCUCUCUACCCGCUACCUGGGCUACAGGUGUGCGGGAAGACCCAAGUUCUGCUCAACAACUACCCGCUGUGGGCCAAGUUCCACAAGUUCCAAACUGAGAUGAUCAUCACCAAACAGGGCAGGAGGAUGUUCCCCUUCCUGAGCUUUAACAUCAGUGUCCUGGACCCGUCGGCCCACUACAACGUCUACGUGGACGUGGUUCUGGCUGACCAGCACCACUGGAGGUACCAGGGAGGCAAGUGGGUCCAGUGCGGGAAGGCAGAGGGUAACAUGCCAGGGAACAGGACGUACAUGCACCCCGACUCUCCCAACACAGGAGCUCACUGGAUGAGACAGGAAGUGUCGUUCAGCAAGUUGAAGCUCACCAACAACAAGGGCAGCACCAACAACGUGGCUCAGAUGAUAGUCCUCCAGUCGCUCCACAAGUACCAGCCUCGGCUUCACAUCAUGGAGGUCAAGGAGGACGGCUUGGAGGACCCCUUCCUGUCCUCUAAAGCACAGACUUUUGUCUUUUCGGAGACUCAGUUCAUCGCCGUCACUGCUUACCAGAACGCAGACAUCACUCAGCUGAAAAUAGACCAUAACCCCUUCGCUAAAGGUUUCCGCGACAAUUACGACACGCUCUACGCCCCUCCUGACUCUGAUCGCCUCACCCCUUCCCCUACAGAGGGCCAGCAGUUGCUGCCGGGGACCUGCUACCCACAGGGCUACCUCUCUGAACAGUACAUGAGCCCCCUGCCUCAGAGCCGCUUCUAUGGCCGCGAGCCCAUUGGUAUGGGCCAGCAGCACAAAGACCCGUCCUCCAACCCCGGACCCCACAGCCGCUGGUACCUGCCGCCGCAACAGAGCGUGGCGCCAAACCGGCUUGAUUUCCCUUCCUCCUACGAGGGGGACUUUUCUGGAAAUGGUUUCUACAAACCUUUCCCCCUGCAGGCGUCUGCUCACCACGCCCUCAGCUACUAUCCCGAGCAUCCUUUUGCAUCAACCAGCGUAUCGGGACCCGCCUCCGCCGGGUGGAGCACCAGCCGACCCACGCCACAGUACCUGACUCACAAACCUGCCCCUGGUCUGGGUUGGUUUCGACCCAUAUCGUCCUCUACUUCCUCCUCGUCGUCUUCUACGCCCCCGGUCAACGCCAGGCUGCAUCCUCCCACCCUCCUCGAGUCUCUGCAGCCCCCCCUGCUGCAGGACAAACCCAAAGACACGGCAGAGGACGCCUGGCUCGAAACCCCCUCGGUGAAAUCCGUAGACUCGGCUGACUCAGGCCUGUUUGAGGGCGGCAAGAAGAGGAGGGUGUCGCCCUACACGUCCAGCACUGAAAACUCCCCACCUCCGCGCGGUGGAGUCAUCUGCGAGAAGGACAGCGAUCCAGACUACUAUGGCUACUACACCCACUGAAGGCCUCACGCUUCCCCACCUUCCCGAAACCUUCCACAGCACCAUCAUGGACCCACGUCUGUCCAGUCAGGUGAAGACAAAGGGCUGGAACAAUUUCUUCAUGCACC